GGUCCCCCACCUCUUCCCCCCUCUUUCCAGAUAUUUGUUCUCUUCCCUCUUCCUCCUCCUCCUCAAAUCUCCUUCUGUGAACUUCGCCGUCAUAUUGUUGAUCCAGCUUUUGAGAGUUAUGGGAAGCUGCUGGUCCGAUGGUGGUGGUGGAAUGGUCGGCGUUGGUGGAACUACUUCCUCCGCCGCCGGCUGCUACGCUUCUCCUAACGACGCCGUUGACUACUACCUUAAAUCUCGCGGCUUCAAUGGCCUCUUCUCUCAGAUCGAGUUAUCCUUCUCCGCUUCCGAUUUGCGAGACCGCGACGUCAUUUCAAAGAGCGAUGCAGUGGUGGUUGUUUAUACAAAAGGAAGAGACGGAGCACUUGCUGAACUCUUCCGCAGUGAAGUUGUUUUGAAUUCUCUGAAUCCUAAAUGGAUCAAGAAGCUUACACUCUCUUAUCAGUUCGAGGCUGUGCAGACAUUGCUGUUUCGUGUGUAUGAUAUUGACACUCAGUUCCAAAACUCAAGAGAGGAGAUGCUGAACCUCGAUGAACAGCAGUUUCUCGGCGAGGCAAAGUGUGCAUUGUCUGAGGUCAUCACCAAAUCAAACAGGACGAUUGCCUUAGAACUUAUGCGUAAAGAAGGUGCCGCUGCUGCACAGACCAGACCACAAAGCCAUGGAAAGCUUAUCAUCCAUGCUGAGGAGUCUCUAGCUUCUAAGACCACAACAGAGAUAGUUCUUAGGUGCUUGAAUUUGGAAUCAAAGGAUAACUUCUCUAAAAGUGACCCUUUUUUGGUGAUAUCUAAGAUGGUAGAACACGGAGCUCCAGUCCCAGUCUCUAAAACCGAAGUCUUGAAGAAUGAUCCCAAUCCGAUUUGGAAACCAGUCUUUCUUAGUGUUCAACAAGUGGGUAGUAAGGACACCCCACUGGUAAUAGAGUGCUUAGACUUCAAUGGCAAUGGCAACCACAGUCUUAUAGGAAAAGUUCAGAAGUCACUUGCAGACUUAGAAAAGCUUCAUGUGAGUGGCCAGGGAAUCAAUCUGUUCUUACCUACCGGUGUUGGACAUAAACAUGAAGACAAGGCGUUAAAGAGUCAGAUUUUCGUUGACAAGUUUACUGAAACCGUUCAGCAUACGUUCCUAGAAUACUUGGCUUCUGGUUUUGAGUUGAACUUCAUGGUUGCAAUUGAUUUCACAGCUUCAAAUGGAAACCCUCGCCUACCAGAUUCCUUGCAUUACAUUGAUCCUACAGGAAGAUUAAAUGCCUACCAGAGAGCAAUAGUUGAAGUGGGAGAAGUGUUGCAGUUCUAUGACAGUGACAAACGGUUUCCAGCAUGGGGCUUUGGAGCUCGUCCUAUAGACAUUCCAGUGUCUCAUUGCUUUAACCUCAACGGAAGCAGUACUUACUGCGAGGUAGAUGGGAUACAAGGUAUCAUGAAUGCAUACAAUGGUGCACUCUUCAACGUCUCUUUUGCGGGGCCUACUCUCUUUGGCCCCGUGAUCAACGCUGCUGCGACGAUAGCAAGCGAGUCACUCGCUCAGAACGCACGAAGAUACUACGUCUUGUUGAUAAUCACUGAUGGAGUUAUAACAGAUCUUCAAGAAACUAGAGAUGCAUUGGUCAGUGCAUCAGAUCUCCCGUUAUCGAUCCUCAUCGUUGGAGUUGGAGGAGCUGACUAUAAAGAAAUGGAGGUACUAGAUGGAGACAAAGGAGAGAGGCUAGAAAGCUCGAGCGGUCGGGUAGCGUCACGUGAUAUAGUCCAGUUCGUUGCAUUAAGAGACAUACAAUAUGGAGAGGUGUCAGUGGUAGAAGCGCUUCUAGCGGAAUUGCCUUCACAGUUUUUGGCCUACAUGAAAAACCGUAAUAUCACUCCCACCACAAGCACUAGCUCUGCUUGUUGAUUGCAUUCUCAACACCUCUUCUGUACAUACACAGCUCUAAACGCUGUCGUUUUCUUUUAUUAAUAUAUUUAUUUGUCUGGAAUUUUUUCCAUUUCCAGUAUGCCAAGUCAAAUUUUA